AUGGGGAUCAUAUUAGGAAGAAGAAAGUCAGUGCGAGAGAUAAUUAUUGAAUUAGAAACAAAGAUUGAAAAAGAAGAGAAAGAGAUAAAAUCAAUGAAACAAACUCGGAAUACGUUAGAUGGCACUGUAUUAAAGCUUGGACUAUUGGUUAUCUUUGUUGGUUGUGCACUUAUUUGGAUAUGCAAAGAAAGCGUAUCUUGGAGUAGUCUAGUUAAGAUACUCAUUUUAGUUGUUAUUGCUAUUUUAGUUCUUUUGUUAGUUUCUUAUCUUUUGAAUCGAGUUUAUGAAUAUCGAUUACAGAAGAGAAUUAAACGGUUACAGAAGUUAAAGGAAGUCCAACGUAGUAAUAUUCUAAGUUUAAAGAAAGAGACCAAGUAUGAUGAAACACACCAUAUCAUAGAGAAGUACGAACGCCCUAAGGUUGUAGAAGAAGAGAAACCAGAAAAUGUCGUAGAGAAGAUAGUAUCUACUCUUAUCCAAUAA